CUCCCCACUCUUAAUUAUUUCCAGUACAUAUAUUCAUUCUUACUUAUGGCAGACGGGUUACCCCUACUCCUGGUCCACGAGCCAAGCGCAAAAUGCGUCAGCUGCUCGCCAGUCGUCUUUGCGACGUUGUUAAGUAAUAAUCGGAAAUUGUUGUCACAAUAAAUUUUGCUACCUGUUCACUACAGUUCUUACGCGUUUCAACCCUAUAUUUACUAUAUUGGUUCAAUAUAUGAAUCGUCAUCGGUUAGAGUGCAUUUUUUGUUGAUUGACAAACGAUAGUGUGAUGGUCGAGAAAUUACGUAAUUAAAGGCCACAGUAGCGCUACAUAUAACGUAAUUCAUCAGACUAUUGUCGUUUCCAUGAUAAGAAUGAUAAUGGAGGUUACCUGUCUGAAGCUUCUUCCGAGAAUAAUCGGGAGAAUCCAUGCACAAUCAAUCGGGGAUCUCGACGCCUGAUACAGAGGUCACGUCCACUAUUGUUUCGUAAAAAUGGGAUUGGCAGAUGCUGAUCUGAGCAUGGGUGCAGGCGCAGCUGGAGGCUCAGUUCUUACUUUAUCAGGAUCGGGAGUAGGUGGCGUACUUUCACAACAUUGUGCUAUCUGUGGUGAUCGCGCAACUGGUAAACAUUAUGGUGCUGCUUCUUGCGACGGUUGUAAGGGUUUUUUUCGACGAUCAGUUAGAAAGAAACACGAAUACACUUGCAGAUUUAGUAGAAAUUGUAUAAUAGACAAAGACAAGAGGAAUCAAUGUAGAUAUUGCAGAUUAAGAAAAUGUUUCAAGGCUGGCAUGAAAAUGGAAGCCGUACAAAAUGAAAGGGAUCGUAUAAGUUGUAGAAGGCCAAGUUACGAAGAACAGAGUAACAAUGGAAGUGGACUCUCUGUUGUUUCCCUUCUUCAGGCAGAAAUGCUCAGUAGACAAGUUGCCUCUCUCGAGCUAGGCAGUGAGAUCGACUUGAGCACGAAACAAAUUGCCAAUAUAAAUGACGUUUGCGACAGUAUGAAGGAACAGCUUCUUGUUUUGGUUCAAUGGGCCAAAUACAUACCAGCUUUUAGUGAGUUAACUCUUGAUGAUCAAGUGGCCCUUCUAAGGGCACACGCAGGUGAACAUCUACUCUUAGGUGUUGCUAGGCGCAGCAUGCAACUUCAGGAUGUUCUUCUUCUUGGAAAUAAUUGUAUCAUCACCAAGAACUGCCCUGUUAUAUCGUUGUCCGCAGAGGGUCGUAAUCAGGAUUUGGACAUCAGCAAGGUUGGAAUUAGAGUAAUGGAUGAACUAGUAAAGCCCCUAAAUGAAGUGCAGAUCGAUGAUACAGAAUUUGCUUGCUUAAAGGCCAUUGUUUUUUUCGAUCCGAAUGCAAAAGGCUUAAGUGAACCACAACGAAUCAAGCAGUUGCGUUAUCAAAUUCAGAUCAACUUGGAGGAUUAUAUAAGUGAUCGACAAUAUGACAGUCGUGGCCGGUUUGGUGAGAUCCUUCUAACCUUACCAGCUCUGCAAUCCAUCUCUUGGCAAAUGAUUGAACAAAUUCAAUUUGUCAGACUAUUUGGAGUUGCACAUAUUGAUAAUUUGCUGCAAGAAAUGCUUUUAGGUGGUGCAACAGCAGAAAUAAAUGGUGUUGCAACUCCAAUUCCAAUUUCAAAUGCUUCUGGUAGUUAUGUAAGCAGCAAUGAAAGUCCAAGUAGCCCUUUGACUCCAACCAAUGUACCUCCAUUAAGUCCUCAAGAUCAUAUGUUGGCUAGUGGAAGUCCUGUUAUAAUUUUGAGGGAUCUUACACCUAUUCAAAAUCAAGAAGAUGUAACUAGUGUAACUGGAUUUAGAAUGUUCAAACAAGAGCCUAGUCUUGAAAGUGAAUCAACAUUUUAA